CCAAGCCGCGCAUGCGUCUUCCUCCUGGCGGCUCCGGAGCGCCUCGGCGGGCCGCCUGCGCUCCCUGGUGAAAGUGCGCCUGCGCGGUCGCUGGGGUCCUCGCCACCUCCGCCUCCCCUCCCCCUGACGCCCCGCGGGGGCUCCGGGCCCGGCGGGACCAUGUUCACCAGCACCGGCUCCAGCGGGCUCUACAAGGCGCCUCUGUCCAAGAGUCUUCUGCUGGUGCCCGGUGCCCUGUCCCUUCUGCUGGCGCUCCUGCUGCCCCACUGCCAGCGGUUCUUCCUGUACGACCUCCGUGCCGUCAAGAACGACCUCCAGGUUUGGAGGCUGAUAUGCGGAAGGAUAAUUUGCCUGGACUUGAAGGACACCUUCUGCAGUAGUCUUCUGAUUUACAACUUCAGAAUAUUUGAGAGAAGAUACGGGAGCAGGAAGUUUGCAUCCUUCCUGCUGGGUUCCUGGGUCCUGUCAGCCCUGUUUGACUUCAUCCUUGUGGAAGUUGUACAGCAUUGGUUUGAUGUCACUGUGGCCAGUGAGCUACCUUCUGGAUUCUUGGCGCCCGUGUUUGCUCUCUUUGUACCAUUUUACUGCUCCAUCCCAAGAGUCCAAGUGGCACAAAUUCUGGGCCCGUUGUCCAUCACAAACAAGACAUUGAUUUAUGUAUUGGGACUACAGCUUUUCACCUCUGGGUCCUACAUCUGGAUUGUAGCCAUAAGUGGAAUUAUUGCGGGCCUGUGCUAUGACCGCCAAGUGCUCGGGGUGCAGCAGGUGCUCCGAGUCCCUGCCAGGAUGGCGCUGUUCUUCGCCUGGGCCCUGGAGCCCGCCUUCUCGUCGCCAGAGCCCAGCAGCGAGGCCGGCGUCGGCAUGGGAGCCACAGUGGACCUGCAGCGGCAGCAGCGGCUGGAGCAGCUGGACCGGCAGCUGAUGCUCUCGCAGUUCGCGCAAGUGAGGCGGCAGCGGCAACAGGGAGGAAUGAUCAACUGGAAUCGGCUUUUCCCCCCGUUGCGUCAGCGACGAAACAUCAACUAUCAGGAUGGCCCUCGGUCUGAACAGCGAGCGGCUCCACCUCCGGAAGUUUCUGAAGAGCAGGUUGCCCGACUCAUGGAGAUGGGGUUUUCCAGAGGGGAUGCCUUGGAGGCCCUGAGGGCCUCUAACAAUGACCUCAACGUGGCCACCAACUUCCUGCUGCAGCAGUGACGCCCAGCCCCUGCUGUCGACACUGGUGUGUGCCCUACAGCCUGAGGGCAGAGCAGGUGAGAGGGCGGUCCCCGCUCUCCACUCCAGGAUGGCGACGUGUGCAGCAAAUGAGUUUGCCAUUAAAUUAGCAUGUAUUUUCUAUAUUUUUAUGGGCGUUUCUCGGUUUGGAGAGUUGUCAUUCUCUGUCCAGGCGCCUGGCGGUUGCAGGUUUCUGUGGCAGUUUAUGGCAUUGCAGACGGGGACAGGUCAUGUGACCUCAGAACGGCUGUGUCACACUUCUCUUUACGGACUGGUGUGUUCUUGUAAGUUUGUGCUCACAUCCCAAAGGCUGCUGCGCCCACACUGCACAGGCCGUGUCCUUCAGGCCUCAGCAAGGGAGGGAGCAGGACCUCGGCCUCCUGCACCCCAGUGUCUGUGCCAGCGUCUCCCGCUUUCAGUAAGGCACAGGUUCCGGGAGGUUCCCAGUACUUCUCUGGGGGUUAUUUCGCUCAGAAUGCCCUAGAGUCGCCGCUCGGGCUGGGGAGGAUGCAGCAGAGAAAGUUGCUUCCCGGAGCCUUGUGCGUGGAGCACGGCGCUGGCCGGCAGCUCAGCCCCGGAGAGAAGAGCUUCCUCCAGCCUGCCUCCGGCUGCCACAGGCCCUUUGCACAUACCAGCUCUUCUGGCAGUGGGUCUCCCCUGCCCCAUUCUUGCCCUGUUGUGGAGGAGGCAGUGCCCACUGCGGAAGGGGUGGCCCUGGGAGCGAGAGCAUCUCCAGAAAGUGACCAUUGUCCUGUAAGCAAACUGCACUGCGUUCGUGCGGUGUGUCGAAUUGAUGCAAACUUGGGUGUGUGAUACUUACAAUAAAGUUUUUAUGUGUUUUA